AUGGGGCUAUUUUAUAGUUUCCCCAUAAAUGUUCAUGAAACAUUGCAGGAAUAUCGUAGAAAUUUCUGGGUACCAACUAAAUUGUGUAGAAAAUUCUGGAUAUCCGGUCACACUAUCACUCGAAAUAAACCAAUCAUACAACUUUCAUGUAAUAAGAUUCACAUGAGAGAGAGUGAUUAUUGUUAUGACAUUGUAUUAUUGGUUCAUUUCUUGUAUUACGGGGGAAUGGGAUAUCCAGCAUUUUUUAGUACUUACCGUACUCACUGCGUACUUAAAAACUUAUUUGAGACGCAAAUGGCGUCGUUUGUGGCACUCGUUAACGCGUUUGGUAAUGGCGCAGUAUUGAAUGAUAUGAAAAUUUCAAUAAUCGAACAGGUUUCACAGCAACUCCGAACCGAUUCCGAGCAUGUCUUCAGUCAAUAA